CUCCGCUUACCUUUCUAAACCCAAUCGUUCGUUGACCCUGCCCGCGUCAAGAUUUUUUUUUGAAAAGCCUCACACUGCUCUCCAACAUCAAUAACCUUACUACAUUUCAGCCCCCAGAACUUGAGAUAAGAGCAAAGGGAAAGCACGUGUCACAAUGGUCCAGAAAAUCUACGUCACCUAUAACCAGAUCCACAAGCUCUGCCAGGAGGCGGCAGGGCAGAUCCUCAAUGAGUUCCAGCCGAACCUCAUGAUCGCUAUUGGCGGCGGAGGCUACGUCCCCGCGCGCAUCUUGCGAUCCUUCCUCAAGGCCCCCGGCCGACCCAACAUCCCCAUCCAAGCCAUCGGCCUCUCCCUCUACGAGCAACUCGGCACAGACGACGACGCGCAAGUCGAGCAGCCCGGCACAAAAGUCACGCGAACCCAAUGGCUCGAUCUGUCCUCGCUUGAAAUGGCCAACCUAAUCGGCAAAAACGUCCUCAUCGUCGACGAGGUAGACGACACGCGGACCACGCUCGAGUACGCCGUGCGCGAGCUGGAAAAGGACGUCGAGGCCGCCGUCACCAAGCUAGGCCGCCAGGGCGAGAAGACAAACUUCUCCAUCUUCGUCCUGCAUAACAAGGACAAGGCGAAGAAGGGCAUACUGCCCCAGGAAAUCCUCAAGGGCAGGUAUAGCGCUGCCAGGACCGUGGGCGAUGUCUGGAUUAAUUAUCCUUGGGAGGCUACCGAUAUUGACGAGCACGAUCGCCUGUCCAAGGAGCAGGAAUCCAAGUAAAAAAAAAGUCAACACCAGGCAGCAGCAGAAGAGGAAGGAGAAGGAAAAAGCAUGAUAUAACGGUAUUUUUUGAAGCAUUUGCGGGCAAGGAUAUAC